UUCCAAGAAAUUGCAGGCUAUGUGGAAGAAGCAAUGAGUCAGGGACUAAAUCUCACAGGAGCUCAGUCGACUUCACAGAGCAACACUGAUGAUGGCAGGGGUCUUCUUACAGUAUCUAACGUACUAAUGACACAAUUGGAACGUUGUUGGCAAGAUGGGAUAUAUCUUGUUAACCUGAGACAUCGUUUCUGGAGACUCACUUUGCAAUUGCUCAGUCGAUAUUGUAGCUUUGUCACUCGACAGAUUAGCUCGCAUCAAACCCCAACUGAGCCUCAAACAACCUCAACUCCGUCGACCAGCAACCUAAAACCUCUCCUGUUUUUAUUGGUGGACUGUUUCCAACUGAUUGCCUAUGUGCGCGUUGCGUUACCGGCACAUAUCUCUUCCAAACUAGGCACAUUAGAUACAGCAGCCGCAAAUGAGAGUCCAAGCUCAUUUCCUACUUGGCUCACCGAGUGUUUGGAGGAAGUCUGUGAACGCAUUCAUCAGACAAUUAAUCCCCUGCAGAGUUUGAUUGUAGACCAAUUACUGCGCUCGUGUCUAAACUUCAGCCGUCAGAUCCUCGAUGUGCCACGUCAAUACCGACGCACAAACCGCAGUUUGCCCACCACAUCUUCAACAUACGUGUCAGCUAUGAUCGAUCCACUGUCCGAACUGGGAGAUCUUUGCCGGACCGCAGUGAUCGCCGCUUCCUGUGCGAAGCCAGCAUUGGAACAAUUAAUCAAUCGCGCAGUCACUCAGUUGUCUGAAGCAUUUCCUAAAGCUCCGCAUUAA